UAUUUUUUUUACCGAAAAUUCACUUUUUACAUGUGGUCGGCGUCGGGAAAUCGCGGCGGGUGAGAGGGGUUCGGGGUCGCGAAAAUGCAUUUUCCGGGUGCAAAGCGCAGGCGGUAGACCGGCGGGGAGGGUGCAAGAUGAUGGACAUCGUAUUGAUUUCUAUCUGCCCGCUCCUCCCUUAUUGUGGCGAUGCAGGGCGCGCCAUCGAUCGUUGCAUCGGCCCCUAAUUUAACACCCCCGAUCGCGGCGGUCACGAUAGCCUGGGGACGAUUUUUGCGCUGGAGUGCGUGUGUUGUGUUAAUUGAGUUCUCAUUUUCACGUGGACGAGUGCAUGCCUUUCAGGAAACACUCAAGACAAACAAACCUGAAAAGGCCAUCGAGCUAAUUUAUAUAGACAGUACAAGUGAAUCGCUAAAGUGGCUGCGUUAGGGGCGCUCGUGGAAUGCGCAGGAGCAGAGGUGUUUAGCGCGCGCGCUCGCACCGACUCCGCCGUGCCGCCCUCAGAACACCCGGCCAUGGCCACCGAGACCGCCCGGUUGCACGCAGGCGGCGCGAGCGGCGGCGAGCAGCAGUACUCGCUGCGGUGGAACGACUUCCACUCGGCCAUGGUCUCCUCCUUCAGAAGACUCCGGGAUGAGGAGGACUUCGUGGACGUCACGCUCGCCUGUGCCGGCGCUACAUUUACUGCACAUAAGGUGGUGCUGUCAGCGUGCAGUCCCUACUUCCGGAGGCUGCUGAAGGCCAACCCCUGUCAGCAUCCCAUCGUCAUACUAAGAGAUGUUCACGACAAAGACAUGGAGAGUCUACUGAGGUUUAUGUACCAAGGAGAAGUCCACAUCGGUCAGGAGCAGCUCCAAGAGUUCCUGCGAGCGGCGCAGCUGCUGCAGGUGCGGGGGCUGACGGAUGUACCGCCUCCGGCACCCAUGGCCACCAUCGACCAGAAGGAGUCUCCUCAGUCAGUAUCAUCGUGGACGGAGACGGGCAGUGGCGGGUCUAGGGAGGGGCGGGAGUCACAGCAGAGAGAGGGGCGCAGGGCGAGGCGCCCCGAAGAGGGCUCGUCGAAUACGCCGCCGCCGAAACGCGCGCGGUCCUCCGACCUCUACCAGGCACAAAUGAAAACCAGGUUUAGGACGGAACAGUUGUUAGCAGUACAAGGAACGAGUCCCGAACGACUUGGCACAAAUGGACACGAGCUAGCCUUAUUGAGUCACGCACUAGAAAAAGCACAAAACCCAAACCUAUCUGGAGUUUCCAACAACAUGACUGGUGACAUGGAGGACUCGUCGUCUGACGCUGGCGCCAGCGACACAGAAGGAGAGAACAGAGCGAAGCAGGAGCCCAUAGACUACGACGACCCCGCCUCCCUCGUCAACACCAACGGCGCCCUACCGCACAACUUCCCCGGACUACUCAACCUACCGGGAUUCCCCGGCCUCCCGGGACCGUCGGGCAUACCAGAUAACUUCGGCUGUCGAAGGACCCAGGAUUUGUUGCGAGUGCGAGCUACCGACCCCCGGCCGUGCCCCAAGUGUGGCAAGAUAUACCGAUCGGCCCACACGCUCAGAACGCAUCUGGAGGACAAACACACAGUCUGCCCGGGUUACAGAUGCGUCCUCUGCGGCACAGUAGCCAAGUCGCGGAACUCCCUACACUCCCACAUGUCGCGCCAACACCGAGGCAUCUCGACCAAAGACCUGCCCGUUCUUCAGAUGCCGAUUCGAUUCGAUCCCGAACUCGCCAGCCAGCUCCUAGCUAAAGCCGGUGUAAAGGUGUCUCCGGAGCAGCUGCGCGCCCGAGCGUCACCGACCGGCGCCCGGCGGUGCGAUAUCAAGCUGGACGCCAAAUCCGCCGCCUCCGAGACCAGCUCCAUGUGCGGCGACAACGACCACGACGACCUUAGCCAGUCCAAGUACCAGGACAUGCCCGUCUCCCCACCACAUAUAAACAACCUAACCAACACAACUAUCACUAAAGUGCCAGCAGUUCGUGCCGUCAGCGCCAAAGCGGUGGAGAACCUGCCACACGGCAUCGGCCGGAUGAAGCCCGAGGACUACCCGCCCGGCUUCGGGGGAGGAUCCGCCAUCUUAGAUACAUAUCUGCAAUAUAUUGGAGAAAAUGUGUUCGGAAUGAAGGCUGCCAAGUACGCGGAAAUGAACGCUAUGCACAUGGAAAGGAAAACCUACGACGAGCCGUCGCCCCAGAUGGGCUCGCUGCCGCCCCCGCCGACCACGCUCGCCCACCAGCGGUUCCUGAAACAGAUGCAACGGCAGUACAACGAGAAGCCCGACAUCAUGCGCGACUCCGACGAGCCGCUCGACCUGGGCAAGGAGAAGCAGAGGAACGACGGCACGAGCGAGGGCGACCCCGACAAGCAGGACGUCCCGGACAAGGACGGCAAGGACUACUACGGCAGGAGCUACGAGAACGACAGGAGGAUGACGGGCUCGGAGCAGGACAACGAGCACAGCGGCCCCGACGACGGCGACUACUCCGACGAGGAGCACAAGAACUCGUCAUGAAAUGCCGGCCCGCCCACGUCGGACGCAAACUGUUAGGAUGUUUUGUUGAUGGUUUUUCAAACGGUGCUCGAGUAUGUUACGUCAUUAGCUGAAUCAUUUAAGCGGUAUUAUAAUUGUUGACCCGUGAAAUGUCGUCGGUGCCAUUAACGAUUAAUGUAAAUUAUUAGUAAUCUUGCGACUGGUCGGUCGCCGUAGGGUCUCCCCGGGCCGUAGUGUCGCCCGCCCGCGCCCGUCGCGCCCGUCACCCGCCUCACCCGGUCGCGCCGUCGACUCGCCACUUGUGAGAUUGUGUUAGUAGUUAAUUACUUAGUGAGUAGUAAAUUUAUACGCGUAUGUAAGGUCCCUGUCACAAAUUAGGGCCUCUUACAUAGUAAUUCCAUCCAACUACCUCAACAUUCGGGCCAAUAAGGCGACGUUAUGAAUAAAAAUAUCCACACAAAUUGUGAAAUUCCAUCCAUCUACCUCACUUCAAUAGAUUUUAUUUAAUAUUUUAUACAAUUUAUAGUUAUAAUAACUGUUGUUUUAUGCAUUUUGAAGAUUGCAUUUAUGUAUAUGUAUACUAUAUGAAGUAUAUCGUAGGUAAAAUAUAAUGCGAGUCAUUAGAUGGUUGUUAGAUGUUGCCCGUAGGAAAUUUGACCGUUUUAUUUUUAUAGCGACACGCACUCACUAGAGAAACAUUAGACUGUCACGACUAGCGAGUAAUGUUAAACCGAAUCACGUUAAAAUGUUUAAAAAAUCAAUAAAAAAUCUCUUUGUAUACGAACAAAUAUAACAGAGCUUAAAGUUUAUACUAGUAGUAACGAAUAUAUUCGACAUCGCGAUACGAUAACGAUACUAUCAUUUAUAUAAUACAAAGUUAAAGAAUUUAAAAUUUCUAACAUCUACUGCCUUGAGACUGAAUAUAGCUGUCAAGGGUGACUAUUUUCUCGAGUUCGAAAAUGUUGCGCGCGAUUUAUAUCUAUUUAGCGCUUGUAUAUAAACGAUGAGGUGAUAUAUGAAGUACAUAAUAAAACAAAAGCAAUAAAUAAAGUAUACCUUGAUGUUGCCUUCGAUUUGUGUACAUAGUAUGUGGGUAGCUACGAAUCGCGUUUUGUUCGCGGAGGCCCUCAACACGGAGGUCUCCUAGUAAUGAUGUGGGCUCGUUACUUGAAAAACAUUACUGUGAUUACAAUCUCAUUAUUAGCCUUCGAUAAUUAUACAUAUUUUUUAGAGUACAAUGUUAUAGUUAUUUAGUGUACGAUAAGGUUACUCUUAAGCGGAUCACAAAAAUAUUUACUUCCUGAGAAUUAGACGUCACGAUAUUUAAGAUGAUAGAGCAAUAGAAGCAUUUAACCUUUUAUAUGAAAAGAAGAUAAAUGUAUCGCUAAAGAAUUCGUCGGUUUCGGAGUUCGCUCGGGUUGUUCCACUUUUGGUGAACGUAUUGUUGUCAUUGGACGUCGGGUCUGUAUUUUGAAAGUGAUGUGUUAUUCUUGAGUAUUUUUAACUAAAGUUCGAACUUCGAAGUUAAACUCUUCUUUUGCGAUACAUUUAUUCGUAAUAAUAAUUAUUAUAACAAAAAAAAAUAUAGUAUUGUAAGUGCUGCCGGUUGUUCGGAUAUAAUUUGGUCUAGCGUGUUAGAGAGAUAGAGACACUAUGAUUUGUGCGAACGGAACCCUGUUGAGAGUUGUAUGAUGUAUCGCCAUAGAGUGUAAUUAUUUUCGACUGUACAUAAGAUAAGUUUCGUUUAGCGGUGUGCUCAUCCCCGAGUUACAGAGACAUUAUUUAGGUACAUACAGAUUAUCGCAGAUUGAAUAGAUUUUAUAGCACGACACGUUACAAUAGACGGUUACCAGAUAUCGAUAAGAAAUUAUAUAUUUUUCAGAUCACAAGUUUGCAAUCACAAUCACGAUUGCGCGCCGCCGAACUCGCAUCGACGCGGCGAUUUUAAAUUAAAAAUGAGGCUAUU